AUGGACGGGCCGCCCUUCAGCGAGGCGGCCUUGGAGCAAGCGCUGGCUGGGCCGUGCGAGCUGGACGCGGCGCUGCUAACCGAUAUCGAAGGUGGAGUCUGCACUGUGCGAGCUCCGGGUCGGGGACGGGCGGGCAGGGCCAACCGCCUGGAUGCCCCGAGGGGGCGCGGGCUGGGCCGCGGAGCCAUGGACUGCACGUUUGAAGACAUGCUUCAGCUCAUCAACAACCAGGAAAGCGACUUCCCGGGCCUUUUCGACACCCCGUAUGCUGGGGGCGGGACAGGGAGCACAGAGCCAGCCAGCCUCGAUGUCAGCUCCCCAGGCAGCUUGUCACCACCUCCUGCCAUGCUGGGCUCCCACCUCGAAGGCCUCCUGGGGAGCUCCAAGGCAGCAGCACCCCUGCCCCUGUCCCCUCCUCAAACUACUCCCACCCCAUUGAAGAUGUACCCAUCUGUGUCUGCCUUCUCCCCUGGGCCUGGUAUUAAGGAGGAGCCAGUGCCACUGAGCAUCCUGCAGCCCCCCGCCCCGCAACCGCAACCGCAACCGCAACCGCAACCGCUGCCAGGGGUCCUAUUGGCUCAGAGCUUCCCUGGCCAGGCUCCACCCCCACCUCCACCCCCGCCCCCGCCCCCCCUGCUGUGUGGCUCAGCCCCUGUGCUGGGCUACUCUAACCCUGCUGCAGGCUUCUCUACAGGUAUCCCUCCAGCGAGUGCCCAGCAGCUGCUGACUGGACAGUCACAGGCUUCCCUACCAGUGGCCUCACCUGGCUCCUUGCAUACCCAGGUCCCAAGUGCAGCCUCCCAGCAGCUGCUGGCAGCCCCAGCUGCUGUCCCAGCCACCCCUGGAACAAACACUGUGGCUUCACAGAUCCAGCAGGUCCCGGUCCUGCUUCAGCCUCACUUCAUCAAGGCUGACUCACUGCUCCUGACAGCCAUGAAGUCGGAUGUGGGAGCCACCAUGAAGACAACAGGGAUUGCCUCGCUGGCCCCUGGUGCUGCUGUGCAGACUGGUUCCUUGCAGACUCUGGUGAGUGGCGGGACCAUCUUGGCCACAGUACCGCUGGUGGUGGACACGGACAAGCUGCCCAUCAACAGGCUAGCAGCCAAUGGCAAGGCCCCAGGUGUGGCCCAGAGCCGUGGUGAGAAGCGCACGGCCCACAACGCCAUCGAGAAGCGCUAUCGCUCCUCCAUCAAUGACAAGAUCAUAGAGCUCAAGGACCUGGUGGUGGGCACCGAGGCAAAGCUGAAUAAAUCAGCUGUCUUGCGCAAGGCCAUCGACUAUAUCCGCUUUCUACAACAUAGCAACCAGAAACUCAAACAGGAGAACCUGAGUCUUCGGACUGCUGCCCACAAGAACAAAUCUCUGAAGGAUCUGGUAUCCACCUGUGGCAGUGGGGGAAGCACAGAUGUUCCCAUGGAAGGCGUGAAACCAGAGGUGGUGGAUGCACUGACCCCACCCCCCUCAGAUGCUGGCUCACCCUCCCAGAGCAGCCCCCUGUCCCUUGGUAGCAGGGGCAGUGGUGGUGGCGGCAGUGACUCAGAGCCCGACACCCUCAUCUUGGAGGACAGCCAGGGGAAGCCUGAGCCGCCGCCCUCCUGUAGUCGAGGCCUACUGGAUCGCUCCCGCCUGGCUCUGUGUGCCCUCAUCUUUCUCUGUCUGUCGUGCAACCCCUUGGCCUCCCUGCUGGGUGGGCAGGGCCUUCUUGGCCCUCCAGAUGCCACCAGUGUCUACCAUGGUCAUGGGCGCAACAUGCUGGGCACCGAGGGCAGAGAUGGCCUUGGCUGGGCCCAUUGGCUGCUGCCCCCACUUUUGUGGCUGAUUAAUGGACUGUUGGUACUGGGCUCCUUAGCACUUCUCUUUGUCUACGGAGAGCCGGUCACACGGCCGCACUCGGGCCCUGCUGUGCACUUCUGGAGGCAUCGCAAGCAAGCCGACCUGGACUUGGCCCGGGGGGACUUUGCUCAGGCUGCCCAGCAGCUGUGGCUAGCCCUUCAGGCUCUGGGCCGGCCUCUACCCACCUCCCACCUGGACCUGGCAUGUAGCCUGCUCUGGAACCUCAUCCGCCACCUGCUACAACAUCUCUGGGUGGGCCGCUGGCUGGCCAGCCGGGCAGGAGGCCUGCAGAAGGAUGGUUCCUUGCAGGCACAUGCACAUGCCAGUGCCCGAGAUGCUGCCCUGGCCUACCAUCAACUGCACCAGCUGCACACCAUGGGGAAGUACACCAGUGGUGGGCAUCUCGCUGCCAUCAACCUGGCACUGGCUGCCCUGAAUCUGGCUGAAUGUGCGGGGGACAUGGUGUCUGUGGUGACGCUGGCCGAGAUCUAUGUGGCAGCUGCCUUGAGGGUCAAGACCAGUCUCCCUCGGACCUUGCAUUUCCUGACUCGCUUCUUCCUGAGCAGUGCCCGGCAGGCCUGCCUGGCAAAGAGUGGCUCUAUGCCUCUUUCCAUGCAGUGGCUCUGCCACCCUGUGGGGCACCGUUUCUUCGUGGAUGGGGAUUGGGCUGUGCACAGUGCCCCACGGGAGAGCCUGUAUAGCUUGGCCGGGAACCCAGCGGACCCCCUGGCCCAGGUGACUCAGCUAUUCCGAGAACAUCUCCUGGAACGAGCUCUGAACUGUGUGGCCCAGCCCAAUCCCAGCCCUGGAUCAGCUGAUGGGGACCGGGAAUUCUCAGAUGCCCUUGGGUACCUGCAGCUGCUCAACAGCUGUUCUGACGCCACCGGGGCUCCUGCUUGCAGCUUCUCUAUCAGCCCCAGUGAGGCUGCCAGCCCUGGCACUGACCCCGUGGCUAAGUGGUGGGCAUCACUGGCAGCUGUGGCAAUCCACUGGCUGCGGCGGGAUGAGGAGGCAGCUGAGCGGCUGUGCCCACUGGUGGAGCGCCUGCCCCGUGCCCUGCAGGAGUCUGAGAAAACCCUACCCAAGGCGGCCCUGCAUGCCUUCAAGGCUGCCCGGGCCCUACUGGGCCGCAGUAAGGCAGAAUCUGGGCCAGCCAGCCUGGCCUUCUGUGAGAAGGCCAGUGGGCACUUGCGGGACAGCCUGGCCACCAUGCCAGCUAGCAGCUCCAUUGACAAGGCUGUGCAGCUACUCCUGUGUGACCUGCUUCUCGUGGCACGCACAUGCCUGUGGCAGCAGCAGCAGCCACUGGCACCAGCUCAGCCCUCUGCAGGGGUAGGUGGUCAGCCCCAGGCUUCAGCCCUGGCACUGCGUGGCUUCCAGCAGGACCUGAGCAGCCUGCGGCGAUUGGCACAGAGCUUCCGGCCUGCCAUGCGGCGUGUGUUCCUACAUGAAGCAACAGCCCGGGUGAUGGCAGGGGCCAGCCCCACACGGACCCACCAGCUCCUGGACCGCAGUCUGAGGCGGCGGGCUGGCCUGGGUGGCAAGGGAGGUGCAGUGGAGGAGCUGGAGCCUCGGCCCACAAGGCGGGAGCACGCUGAGGCCCUGUUGUUGGCCUCCUGCUACCUGCCACCAGGCUUUCUGUCUGCGCCUGGGCAGCGCAUGGGCAUGCUGGCUGAGGCGGCACGCACUCUUGAGAAGAUCGGAGACCGCCGGCUGUUGCACGACUGCCAACAGAUGCUCUUGCGCCUGGGCGGCGGGACCACCGUCACUUCCAGCUAG